GCUAUUCUGAGAAUCCAAACAAAUUUGAACCUAACGUACCUUUUUUACGGGUCAAGACAACUCAGAGGACAUGACAGACGAGUAGAAAAAACGAAAUAUCUAUGGUAUAUGAUUUUUCCAGCUCUUGGAACCUGGUACUUGAAUAAACGGUGUCUGCGGUAAAUAUAAAUAUUUCCGCGUGACCUACGUGAAGGUCAUACCUUGGGAUAAUGCCAAUCGUGUCUAUCUCUCAAUCGGUUUUAUUCUGCAAACUUCAAAAGGAAUAUUGUAAUAGCCGCGUAAACAAUAACUCACGUCUUUUUUCAUAGCACAAGAAGAAUUUGAAGAAUUAUGCUUCAGUUAUGGUCUCGAACUGGACGAAGUUGUAACGGAAAAAGAACUAGUUACUAGAGAAAAGGGAAAGGAAAAGUCUAGAGGGUGUAGUACGGAGCCGGUUUAUAAGGUUGAAAUACCUGGUAAUCGUUAUGAUUUACUUUGUCCUGAGGGUUUAUCUCGAGCUCUUAUGAUAUUUGAAUCAAAGAUUAAGCCUCCGGUUUUUGUCACCAAGAAACCUCAAAAUCUAAUUCAGUUGCAUGUUUUGCCGUCGGUAAGUCAAUCGCAAGAUGAUCUCAUCAAAACAGACCCAAAGUGUUAGACCUUUUGUCGUUGCUGGUGUAUUAAGAAACAUCGUGCUGGAUGAGUCUAGGCUCAAUAGUUUCAUCGAUUUACAAGAGAAGCUCCACCAAAAUUUGUGCAGAAAACGAUCUUUAGUGGCCAUUGGAGCGCAUGAUUUGGACACUUUAAAUCCACCUUUCUUCUACGAUGCUAAAUGUCCUAAAGAUAUUCGCUUUAAAGCGUUGAACAAAACUGAAGAGCAUAGUGCUGAAGAACUAAUGCAAAUAUUUUCUAGUGAUUCACAUUUAAAACAAUAUCUCUCAUUAAUUCAAGAUAAACCUAAAUAUCCAAUUAUUUUCGACAGUUCCAAUACUGUUCUAUCAAUGCCUCCAAUAAUAAACGGUGAACAUUCUCGUAUUUCUACUAAAACAAGAAACGUUUUUAUUGAAGCAACUGGAACUGAUUUACACAAAGCUAUUGUUGUUCUCGAUACACUUAUCACAAUGUUCUCAGAGUAUUGUGAGGAACCAUUUACCGCUGAAUCUGUCGAAGUUAUUCAACAUGAUGGCAGUCGUUUUUUAUAUCCACGUCUAGAUUAUCGUGAUGAAGUUGUCAGUAUUGAUUAUAUCAAUCGUCAAUUAGGUACUAAUAUUUCUGAAACAGAAGUGAUCAAUUUAUUAAAUCGUAUGGGUUUCACUUGUACAACUGUAUCGUCGAAUCAAUGUAAAGAUUCAACUUCAGAUAUAUUAACAACAGGUCAAAAUGCAACUGGUCUAAUCUCUGUAAGAAUACCACCUACAAGGCAUGAUAUUUUACAUGCAUGUGAUAUAGCUGAAGAUGUUGGGAUUGCAUUCGGUUAUGAUAAUAUACCUGAAUGUUUACCACAAACCUAUUGUGUAGCUGGUAAUCAACCAAUCAGUCGGUUGACAGAUCUUAUUCGUGCUGAAAUAGCUCAAAUGGGAUUUACUGAAGCAUUAAGUUUCUCAUUAUGCUCCAGGGAAGAUAUCAGUACUAAACUGAGGCAAAAAUUAGAUGAUAUCCCAGCUGUACACAUAUCUAAUCCUAAAACGCUUGAUUUUCAAGUUGUCAGAACCAGUUUAUUACCAGGAUUGUUAAAUACAUUAGCCAGUAAUAAAAGUUUACCAUUACCUUUGAAAUUAUUUGAAGUUCAAGACAUUGUACUGAAAAAUCCAUCUAAAGAUGUUGGCGCUAGCAAUCAUCGACGUAUUUGUGCAGUUUACUACAAUAAAAAUUCUGGCUUUGAAAUAAUCCAUGGUUUGUUAGAUAGAUUAAUGCAAUUGUUACAAGUUGAAUCAAUUUUGUCAAAAACAACAAAGAAAUCUAAUGAUCAUGAAAAAAAAUCAAAUUUGAGUUAUAGAUUGAACGCUACAUCCGAUCCAACAUACUUUGAUGGUCGUUGUGCUGAUAUUAUAUUGGAGCCUGACAAUAAAAUUAUUGGACGAUUGGGUAUUCUCCAUCCUGAUGUUAUACGAAAUUUUGAAUUGACGAUGCCUUGUUCAGCUUUAGAUUUAGAUCUCGAAGUGUUUCUUUGACUGUUAUCUAUUUAAACUGACUAUGUAAAGAAAAAAAUCGUCUUUCCAAAAUAAAGGAUUUUCUAAGAUUUAGUGCUUUGUAAAAACUACUAAUUGAAAGAAUGUUAUCCUUUCAACAAAAUUCCAUUGACUGCAAUAAUUUAUAAGCCAACUUUCCGAACAUUAAUAUUUCCGACCUAUAGAGCGUCUCAGCAACAACAACAACAACACAUGCUAAGAAUUCAAACACACCUCUAAUAAUAUGAGAAUGGUUGUGACUGAAUAUUAAUAUUCGCUUUAACAGUAAGCUGUUUAAAUAAGUUCACAUCACAUAUCUUUAGGGAACAGCCAGUUUGCGUGAAAAGUUUUACAGUGCAGUUGUUAAAUUAGUCAUUCUCCUUAGAUCUAAUCACAUAAAGUUUCAAAACUGUCUGGUCAAGUAUCAUUACGCUGCACAAUAUUUAUUUUACAUGUAUGAAAUCUGUGGGUUGUAGGUAUUUGAUCAUAAGUAUGCUUGACACACCACUACUAAAAUAAAACACCUGAGUGCGUGACGAAUGCUGCACUGUAAACCUUCACUACAACGUAUGCUUAGUUGGCACCUAUUUAUAGUGUGAGUUAAUCAUGCUUUGAGAUUUUUAGAUUAACACCUUAAUAAUAAAUGUUCAUAUGAACGGUACAAGUUCCUCGUAAAG